UGUCGCUUUGUAGUCGCUCUGUUGUGGCCAGCCGCUGAUAUGGCGACGGCCAGCCCCCAGUCUCGCUGGCGGUCCCGCCUUUCAUGCUUGCUAGCUGGCUAGCUGUCGGUGUGCAGUGUUAGUUGUUCCGUGCCAGUCCGUCAGGCGACAACAAUGACCAUUCCACUAGAGGACGCCGACAGCGUGACAGCAAUUAUCGAUUUUGGAUACACACUGUAGAGAGAGAGAGCUGUAAGGUUCAAAGGAAAAGUUCCAGCUCGGGUACCCGCUGGGCACCCACACGGUACAGCCUCUACAUGAGCAUGUUGGGGUUUGUCUAUCUGGUUCUCAUCUUGGGCUGGAUACUGAUCGUGCUGUUUCUCAAGUGCAAAAAGUCCUUGGCCGCACCAUUUCGCUUUGGCGAGAACUACACAGAUGCCAUAGCCGAUACGGCCGAACGUCGUCCUUCGGUGCAUGUGAUACAGCUGCAGCAUGAGGAUGUGGAGAGCCAGGACCACUAUAUGGAUAGCUUUCACAGGAACACGGACAACCUGCAGCGGUACUCGCAUCGCUCGCAGCGCUCCACCCUGGAAGAGCGCACCGUUGAACGUGCCUAUCCCACAGAUGCCGUGAUUAAUCCGGCCUACAUGCACGACGAGGAUUAUGUGAUCAAUGCUCCGCCACCGACGUACGAGGAGGUGAUGCGCCAGCCACAGAUCUAUCCACAGGUUCGCCACAACAAUCACAAGAUAAGCGAUGCUAACAUUUAGACUUAGCCAAGGAUUGAUUUGUACAUAACUGG